ACUCUACGUCAAGUUUGCAUGGUUCCUAGCUUCAGUUGCUGUUGCACAGCUAUUCUUGCGUUAACAACCGUGUGACCUCUCCGUGUUGUAAACGGUGGCCGCCGACCCCUCUCGUUCAGAGAGUGUCUUCUCGAUGCUUGAACAUCUCGAGAGAGCCAUGUCUCUCACACUGGAAUUCUCGCGUACGGGUAAACCUUCCAUCGAUAAGAGUUUUUCUCCUGUGGACUCACCCUCCUUUUUUCGGAGCUGCGGUGACAGUGGGCUAACCACCACAACGGCAGCCAGUAACCAUACUGAUGAAACUUCGUCAGUAGCAUCUAAUACAGCCGCCGGACUACUCGCUGGUAAUCUUGCCGACCUUUACAGUGAUGAGGAAGUUCCGUUUUCCGCGAUGAUUCCCUCCAGAAGCAGCGCCAAGGCUUCUCAGGGGGAAGGCAUUACGAAGAUCGCUGACGACCAGAACCAGUUGAAAAUACCGUUGUCACAGUCGGGCGAAUUACUGGCAGAGCAAGAUAUCCCACGGGCACUUGACGACUUCGUGCGUGUUCUCGUGGUGACUCGAAGAUGGCUGCGCAAAGGUCGCCUCACCGGAUAUGUUAGUGAACUGCAUCUGGAGAUGUUGCAGAUUCAUAAUGCCGUGCCGGUAAUGGUUCCUAGAACUCCGUGGACCCGCGCCAUGCUGGAUGGUUUCAUGCCGAUGCAUGGAUUGUUGCUAGUUGAAGGCGAAGAUGUCGGCCCAUCACUCGAUCCAUACAGAGGCACUGCGUCAGUGGACCAAGUGCAGAAGCUUGAGGUGCAGUCGAUGCACCCUGGCGAGGUCACGUCUGACGAGGACCGAGAUGCUAUCGAGUUGGAGCUUCUUCAGCGGUGUCACAGGGAUGGCAUACCUAUAUUAGGAAUUUGUAGAGGGUGCCAGCUUAUCAAUAUAUUUCGCGGCGGUUCGCUUUAUUACGAUAUCGGUUUACAAGUCGGCAAAGAAGUGCAGCACAUCAACUAUAGCAACUACGAUCAACACCGACAUGGGUUGUGGGUAAAUGCUCGUUCGCCGCUCGCGAGUUUGUUCCGGGAGGAGUGUGAAAAAGGGCGCUCCUGCGGUGCGCUUCUAUCAGCCGAAGAUGUUCUAGAGCGUAUCCAGACUCCACAACCAGUGAUAUCCUCGCGUGGGGUAGAGGCACGUGCAGAGCCAGAACUGCAUCAAGAUGCCAGCACGAAAUCGGAGGUGAACGGGCUGGCCACAGCCUCAACAGGAAACGGUGCGGCUUCUGGUUCGGCUGAGAGAUGCAACGACGACACAUCAUGUUCUGGUCCCGAAACUGGAAGAGGCGACGUUUUUUUCAGUUUGCAAGUGAAUUCUUACCACCACCAAGGAGUGCGCCAGUUGGGCCAGGGUUUGUUUCCGAUUGCUUUUUCUGAAGAUGGUCUUGUCGAAGCUUAUUGUGACGAUGGCAUGAUGACGUCUGAAAGCCGGCAACCCGGAGCGGACCCGAAGGAUGGAAGCUGGCAAAAUGCCGAACGUGACACCAGGCGGCCCAGAGAACAUUUCGUGCUUGGUCUUCAGUUUCAUCCGGAGCGAAUGACGGAGGACUAUGCAGGAUGCCGGCGCAUAUUCGGGGCUUUCGUUGCGGCGUGUCGGAGGUACAAGAACGCUGCUGCUUCGGCUACAUCCACAGUGUCUCGCUCUAAGGAGUGAUCAUUUGAGUAACUGCUUCCCGUGAACAGAUCUUUGAAGCGGCGCUACCUGGCAGCAGUCACCAUAUUAGGCUAGAGUGCAUGUCUCUACCGUUUGUUUUCCGUUGACUCUGCUAGUCCUCGCUGCAGCGAUGUGUCGACACCCCUCGGUGCUGGCCGUCGUAGCGAUAGCAAGUCUAGCAGCCACAAGGUGGCGGUAGCCUGACGGAGGAUCCAAUUUGUUUUUGGGAGUCUUCAACGUAGAACAGCUGCCUGGUUUGGUGGUAGCUGGCUCAUAUGUACACCGAGUUUGGAACGCUGCAUACAUAGGGCGCGAUCGUGAUAAAGUUCACACACGGUAUGAUCGAGGGUGAUAUGUUCUUCUGUGUGAGGUUUGAAUGUUUUGUCUUCGAUGUUUCAUCGUUCCUUUGCGAAUUUUGGCUAUUAUACCUUGAGAGAGCGUGACGAUGCCGUCGCGGGGAUGAGCUCUGCCUGUUUCAUGCGGCCGACAUAAAGGGUUUUUAUAGAUGUUUCAUUCAUCUACCGAUUCAUUUUUGACGACGUCAUUCCCGUGUUGGGAAUUUUAAGACGUCUUUUUUCCAUUCCUUGUCAUGGGAUGUUGGCGUGCGUGUCUACAGUGUAGACACGUUUGUCUCUUGCAGCAUGGUUGUGUAGGUUGACUAAGGGGGGGAGAGAGACACGAGCAAAUGGGGGAAAACUAAUUGACGAUGUGCAUUGUCUUUGAACCACCUGGCUGAAUUGAACUGGCUGGUUUCAAUCAGCACGUCUGUACAGAUGGACUUGUCAAGGAAGCGGCUGACACUAAAGUCACGUGUACUGUUGUGGCGUUACUGUACUUUUGAAAAUGCGUUCCUUUUAUGUCUCUGGUGCCAGCUGUUUGGCAGUUGUCGUUUGGAUGGAGAUGUAAGGUGUGGCUACCGCUAAUGGUGACGACUUUUUUCUACGCUGCGACACGUGAACGUGAAGUUAGACACCAGGACGAUAAAGUCAUGGGUUGACAAUAAGCCCUGGGUUUACCGAGGCGCGGCAGAAUUAAACACUACCAUGAAGAAGCAGUGCAGUAUGUUUCUCUUUUCUGAGGAGACUAGGUGCUUGGACACAUGUUUCGAAACAUUUCGACGGUAGUGACAGGAAAGUAUUGGCACACCAUAUUUUCGGAUUUUUGUCCGUUCUGGGUUGAGCGGAAUUGUGGUGACACCUAGUUGAGUCGCUGAAGGUGACGCAGCACCAGCAUAACAAAUAUCUGCUUUUGGAUUCUGUACCGUUUUCGUGAGCUAGACCAGUUUGUCAAUAUCUUCUUUUUUUGACACCGCAGAUUUUCUCCUCUAUAUCAUGUGAUUUCCGGUUGCAUACGGGCGACGUCCUAGAACCAACGACUUCUCAAGGAACUGAAAAGAAAUGUGUCGGUGC